UCGAACUUCGUCUUGUUUAUCUGGGCCUUGGAAGCCGGAGAACUUUGGGAGCAGAGACGAUGGGAAGGGUUGAGCCGGGGGAACCAGGCGAUGGCGCCGGCGCCGGCGCUGGCGAAGUGGGAUCAAGUUCGCUGGUGGUGGCGGAGAGGAGUUUCCCACCGGCGGCGCAACCGGAGAUUAUGCGGGCCGCGGAGAAGGACGAUCAUUACGCCUCAUAUGUCCAUGACGCCUGCCGCGAUGCGAUUCGCCACCUCUUUGGAACUAGGGCUGCUGUUGCAUAUCAGAGCGAGAUCAAGCUGUUGGGGCAGGCACUUUACUACAUGCUAACAACAGGAUCUGGGCAGCAGACAUUGGGAGAAGAGUAUUGUGACAUAUCUCAGGUUGCAACUUCUUAUGGUCUUCCACCUACACCUGCUAGGCGUGCUCUUUUCAUUGUUUACCAGACAACAAUUCCUUAUCUCGCAGAAAGAAUUAGUUCUAGGAUGACUGCUCGUGGUAUUCAAUUGGCUGAUGCUGCAUUUGAUCAGAUGCAUGCGAACACCAGCCAUGUCAGUGGAAGUGGUCAAGCACAAUCUUCCAUGCUUGCUGAUGGUUCAUCUUUAACAGGCGUGCGUACAUCAGCUCUUUCAAGGUUAAAAGAGAGAGUCAACAAUUUAUGGUUGUGGACAGUUCAGAAGUGGCCUAUGGUUCUUCCCUUUGCCUGUGAAGCCAUACAAUUGGCUCUCCGUGCCAACCUGAUGCUCUUUUAUUUUGAAGGCCUCUAUUAUCAUAUAUCAAAGCGUGCAGCAGGCAUACGCUAUGUAUUUAUUGGGAAGCCAUUGAACAAUCGACCUAGGUAUCAAAUUCUAGGUGUUUUUCUUCUCAUCCAACUUUGCAUUCUUGGUGCUGAAAGACUACGCAGGAGCAAUUUAUCAUCGGUCACUACUACUGUAAAUCAGACAGCACUCGGAAGUCAAUAUUCUUCAACAGGACAAGGGUUACCUAUUUUGAACGAAGAUGGUGAUUUGAUCGAAAUUUCUAACAUUAACACUGGCAGCUCAACCUCUGCUUCCACGUCCACUUCAGAGUCUCAAACAUCAGGUAGUAUGAGCAAAUGCACUCUCUGCCUCAGCAAGCGCCAACAUCCCACAGCCACUCCAUGUGGUCAUGUCUUUUGCUGGAACUGCAUCAUGGCGUGGUGCAAUGAAAAACCCGAAUGUCCUCUUUGCCGUACGCCAAUGACUCAUUCAAGUCUAGUUUGUAUAUACCAUUCAGAUUUCUAGUCUUGCUACAAUUCAUUCUUUUGUUCUUU